GCCGCCAUGGAGGCCUCGGAGCGCCGCGGCCUGGCGCCCGCUCCCUCCUCCGCCGGGCCCGGCCGGUACAGCCUGGGGACCCGGCAGCUGCUGGCAGCCAUGAUGGAGCAGUCAAAGCUGACGUGUUUCCAGAGGCGAUACCUGAUGGACUGUGUGCAACGAGGAGAUACCCUGCCCCUCCAGUGCCACCCCACAUCCAGCAGAGAGCCAGCACCUGCAGCACCUGCCUUCUCCCCAGCUGUUCAUCACCCCAGCAGGCUUCCAGCCAAACCACACCUCCGACCUGCCGAGGUCUGCCAGGCAGGAGAUGCCUAUGCCCGAGACAAGUUCAAGCCACGGGCAGGGCGUGAUUUGGAAAAGGAGAAGCAAAGGCUCCAAAACAUUUUAGCGACAGGGAAGGACGUGGUGGAAGACAAGGUGAAGCAGACACUGGUUCAGACAAAGGAAGAGGAGACACCUGAGCCUGACCGGUUUGAAGAACUGGUGAAUGAAAUUCAGGAGAGGAAGGAAUUCCUGGCAGAGAUGGAAGCUCUAGGACAAGGGAAGAAGUAUCAAAGUAUUAUCCUCACUGAAAUCUCACAGAAAAUACGUGAGAUGGAGAUCAUUGACAAGAAGAGGAGUGAGGAAAUGAGACAGAUCAUGACAAAAGACUUCCCUGGUGGGAAUAAAUCCGAUCCCUGCGACUAGGAGAAACAGAAGUGCAAUUUGUUCCCACCUCUUCUAUAGACCUGGUUUGUGCCUGUGCCUGCAGAGGGGGCAGCACCACCUGUUGCCUAGAGCCAGAAGGUAGGAGCAAUUUGUACACAUCUGGUAGCAGAAAAAAAGCUGUUGUAAAAUCCUGCCCACGCACCACAUUCCUUCUAGCUCAAUGAUGUUACAGAGAUGAAAACACAGAGACCAGCAGCUCCCAAAACAUGAGAAAGCAGAGCCUCCUUUUGCCCAUGCAGUGCCUUGAUGUACAGUGAUCCACCAAUGAAAAUGUCACUUCUUCCCAUCUGCCCAGAGGUGGGGGUUUCUUGUGACAGUACGAUGACAGCUGGGGUUGGUACUCACAUCUACGAUCUGCUCCUGUUCUCAGGACCCUGGGAAUGGCAGUGCUGGCAGGGAGGAAGAUGCAGCUGCCUGGCCUUGGGCAUUGCUGCAGGUCAGCUGGUGGUGGGCAUCAGCAAACACCUCGAUGGCAGCUGUACUGGGCAGGCGCUCAGGAACGCAGCUGCCCUGAGGGUGGAGAGGGAAUUUUGGCCCAGCACAUGCUGCUCUUGGCUGCUCUGGCUCCUGAAAGCACAAUAUGCAGAAUAGCCACUGGCCUCCCAUGCCUGGAAAUGGCUGUUUGCUCACCUCAUGCAUAAACCCCCACCUCUGUACUCCAGCAGGAUGAAGCUGUGACACCCUGCUAUUCCUAUGCAAAUCCCAGCAUAAAGUCCACCUCCCGCUUUCCUUAAGAUCCCAUUAUCUGCUUUUCAGCAAUACUCACCAGCCACUCCCCAAAGCCAGGUAGCAUGCCCUGGCCCCCAGGCAGCACAAGUGCACAAAGGAAUCGGAAACCUUGGCCUGUUUUUUAAAUCCAAUGCUUCUUUUAUUUCUGUUCAGGUGAAUGGAAGUCAUGGAAGUUAGUACAGUAUAAUUUACAAAUCAGGGUUCUGCCCAGGCACUGGGCCAAGGGGUGUCAGGCUGCAGUGAUCCUGAUGGCCUUUGGCAAUAGUGAUGUGACAGCAGGCUCUAAAGUUGUUUCUCCUUGGAGAAAAGUUGUGCUUUGGGAUCCCCCCUCCCCUACCUCUGCUCCUCAUCAGCCUGCUGGGGUAUGGCAAGAGUGAGAUGGCAUCACCAGGGUGGGGCUGAGCUUGCCACCUCCCAGCCAUGGGGUCCACAUUGGGACUGAGGAGAGGCUCAGGGCCCUCAUGUUUUGGGAAAUGAGGAUCUCUUUCCAGAAUGCUAUGCCAGCCACCUUGCAAGGCACUGCCUCGAGAGUGUUUUGGCUAAAGCCUGGUGGGUUUUUAGAAGGGAUUGCAGCAGUUUGCUGGGGACUGGUUAUGUCUAGUUUGCUAAUGAGAAGGCAUGAGAAAGAGCUGACCAACCAAACACCCAUGAAACUAAUUCAGAGUGAUCCAAUAAUUCAAUAAAUAGCUCCUCGCCUUGGAGGAGAAGGCAGGAAACAAAAA